GUAUUACCUACAAUAUAAAAUAGCAGUCAAAACAACACGAUGUUUAAUAUGGUACGAAAAUGAAUAGAGUACAUCUUUUUUAUCGACUUUACUAAUUGUAAGAAGUAUGAUGGGUGUUUACAAUAUUCUCUAUUAUUAAUAUAGUAAUAUAACGUUUAACAUCAUGCCUAUUCUAAGGAAAAAAUCUAGCAAAAAAGUAAAUGUGGAAAAUGGCAAUGACAAUUUGAUUGGAGAUAUAACAAUCAAUGACUUUGCAAAUUCAUCACGGAUACACACAAGAUUUAAAAAAGCAAUAAUAAAUGUGUCCUCUGAAGUGAGACAAAAAAUAACAAUAGAUGAAGAAGGUUUUUUGAGUGAAAUGAAUGAAAAUUAUCAAAAUAAUUUGUAUGAUUCAAAUAAGUCAAAGAAAAGUACUAAAGGAGUUUUAACAAAUCAAAGAAAUAAAAAGACAAAUUAUUUUAAAAAAGAGGAACAAGAAGGUAUAGAUUAUCCAUUAGAUAUAUGGUUUAUUAUAUCUGAAUAUAUUAGUCCUGAGGCUGUAGGAAAAUUUGCUCAAAUAUGUAAAAGUUCUUAUUAUGUAGUUUCAACUGGAAAAUUUUGGUUUCAUUUGUAUAAAUCUUAUUAUAAAUUUGUUCCUGGUUUACCAGAACGUUUACAACCACAAUGUAUGGUUCGUACUCAUGGACUUCGAGCUUGUGUCAUCAGAACAUUACAUUAUACUUAUUUUGCUUUGAAAAGAAAAGUUGAUGAUGUAUCCUAUUUAAGACAAGAUGAACCACAUUCACUUGUAAAAAGACAGUGCUGUCUUAUGUGGCAUAAAGAAGGAAAAAUGCGUUGGUAUUUCUAUUUCAAAUUAAAAGAAUUGCCAAAAACUACAAAUAAUUUAUUAAAACAAAAAAAAAAUACGAACGGUAAAAAAACAGAUUUUAUUGAAAUGUUGGAAGAUGUAGCUGUGAAUAUAGAAGAAGGUUGUAAAAUACUUCGGGUAACUUGUUUAAAAUAUAGUAUGUUACCACCUGUAAUUGGUUUGAUCUUACAGUCAGUAUCAAUGACUUUAAUGCCUGGUUUUAAAGAUCAUCGAUUACAACUUGGAUUUGGAACAUCAGAUAUUCCUAAUACAUUAACAAACCAAGUUAUUUUGAAUGAAGUUGUUAAUUAUCAAAUUUUAGAUUGGUGGCAUCCAACUUAUCCUCAUCAAGAUUCAAUAAUUUCCAUUGAAUUGCCACAAAGUGAUUCUUGGGAUCAAAGUUUAAUAUAAAAAGAAUUUAAUAUUUUAUAUAAAUCAUAAAUAUGAUUUCUGUAAUAUAAAUAUGUUUAUGUAAAUAAUAUAUGUCUAUUAAGCAAAUAAUUUGGAUAUUUGUUCUUCAAAA